CCGCCCUCUUUGCCCAAUCGCCCACUUCGCCCCGCCCCUUAGCUCCGCCCCAAAGCCCUCCUCCUCCCGCCCUCUCCCGCCUCCUUUGCGGCCGUCGCAAAAGGGGCGUAAAGCGUUGCCCGGUGUGGGGAGGUUGAGGAUCUUAUGGUUCUCCAUUAACAGCUGCUACCUGCCACGCAAAUCCUGAGGCAGCCCAAUCCAUGAGUGGGCAUCGGAACAUAAAGAGGCGAUGUGGGGAGUCGUACUUGGAAUCCCCCGUGGGCUGCGGCCACGGUCCUGCUGCUGGAUGCAUGUUAAGCAAACUGGUUCAGUUGCCUACACCACCCUUAUCAAAGCACCAGCUGAAACGGUUAGAAGAACACAAAUACCAGAGUGCUGGACGGUCCCUGCUUGAACCCAUGAUGCAAGGUUACUGGGAAUGGUUAGUUGGAAGAGUUCCUGCCUGGAUUGCUCCAAAUCUGAUCACCAUAAUUGGACUAUUAAUAAAUAUAUUUACAACUCUACUGUUAGUUUAUUACUGCCCCACAGCUACAGAACAGGCACCUCCCUGGGCGUACAUUGCUUGUGCAUGUGGCCUUUUCAUCUACCAAUCUCUGGAUGCCAUAGAUGGAAAACAAGCAAGAAGGACAAAUAGCAGUACGCCAUUAGGAGAGCUUUUUGAUCACGGCUGUGAUUCACUUUCCACAGUCUUUGUGGUUUUGGGAACUUGUGUUGCUGUGCAGCUGGGAACGAACCCUGACUGGAUGUUCUUUUGUUGUUUUGCUGGAACGUUCAUGUUUUACUGCGCGCAUUGGCAGACUUACGUCUCUGGAACGUUGCGAUUUGGCAUCUCUCUGGAUUUUGUUCUUUAUGCCGUAACUGAAGCUCCAUAUAAUGGUUCCCUGCAACUGAAGCGCUCGGGACAAUGUUUUGAAAUGUUUCUUUCCCUCGCGCGUAGAUUUGAUGUUACGGAGUCCAUGCUCUGUACCAUAGCGAUCCAGCUCCUCACAGGAACUCUAGGGCCCUGGAUCUGGAACUGCACGAUUCCAAUACUGAAUAUUCAGGUGAAAAUACUCCCGGCUCUCUGUACUGUCGCGGGAACCAUAUUCUCCUGUACAAACUACUUUGGUGUGAUCUUCACAGGUGGAGUUGGCAAAAAUGGAUCCACUAUAGCAGGAACGAGUGUUCUUUCACCUUUUCUUCAUAUUGGGUCAGUGAUCGCAUUGGCUGCAAUGAUCUACAAGAAAUCUGCUGUUCAGCUCUUUGAAAGGCACCCCUGCUUAUAUAUACUGACUUUUGGGUUUGUGUCUGCCAAGAUAACAAAUAAACUAGUGGUUGCACACAUGACCAAAAGCGAAAUGCACCUGCACGACACAGCAUUCAUAGGCCCAGCGCUAUUGUUUCUGGACCAGUAUUUUAACAGCUUUAUUGAUGAGUAUAUUGUACUCUGGAUUGCCCUGAUCUUUUCUCUCUUUGAUUUGCUCCGAUACUGUGUCAGUGUGUGCAAUCAAAUCGCUGCCCAUCUGCACAUCCACGUAUUCCGAAUCAACUCCUCAACGCAUUCGAAUCAUCAUUAGUAAAUGGGGAGUCGCCAUAAGGAGAAAUUAGAGUUCAUUUUCUAUAUGAACGGAUGUGAAGAUAUGUAGGAGACUGAGGCAAAAAGCAGAUAAGAACAAAGUAAUUUAUAAUAAUGAAUGUUGUAUAACUUUUAUUCUUUGUUAUCGGUAACACUCCUUAACUAGUCUCCUGCCUGAGAGAGUGAAUUCCAAGUCCACCCUAGUCAACUCUACAUGUAGUCAACUCUGUGGGUUCAAAGCCUGGGAAAGCAUGCAGGGAGUAAUGCUCUGUCUUUGUAAUUACCUUGAUUACAAAAUAAUCUAUAUAUGGUGAAUGGAUCCCCAACAACUGAAGUUUCUAAUGUAGUAUAAUUACAGCUGCAAUACGACUUGCUUUUAAAUUUAAUAUUUCAUCAUCUUAGUGAAAUACUUGUUUAGUGUCCACUCAAAAUUUAUUUACUAAAGACCUGAGCUGGUAAGAACAAAGAUAUCGCGCUGGCUUGUGUAGCUGAAGCAGCUGUUGAGGUUUGAGUUCAGACUGAUGUGGUUCUUUUGCUUAUGCGUUGCUAAUAAAGCGGUUUCUUGUUAAAGAACAAUGCGUUGAGCAGGGUUCUGCAAGCAGAAGGGGUGACCGGCACGUGUGGUAUCUUUUUCAAUUAAUUUUAUUUUUUUAAAUAAACAUUAUCUAAAGAGACAACUUAUUUCUCAAUUUUCUUCAGCGGAAAGAUUAUAAAAAGAAAAUUUUAAUGUUUACAUUUUUAUGUCUAAAACUUAAGCAGAAUUUCCUUUCUUCUCUUA